AUGGACGCGCUUACCGGUUACGCUAGCGACGAUAGCCUUCCGUCGGGUGCGACAGCACCGAUCACGCCCACGACGAGAACGUCGGCAGGAACUCAGACACAAUCUCCCGUCGCAUGCAAUAAAGUGCAUAGUGGAGUUCCGUAUGGAAAUAAUCCGCGAAAAUUUGGCCUAUUUCCUCUGGACAGGAUCCAUCCGCACUUUCUGGCUUUUGGGGAUCGUCGUUCGCCACCCCAGCCCAGUCAAAGCAACAGCCCCCAGCAACCCGUCUCCCCCGAUCGCAACUUACCCAUCCCUCCGACGCAAGAAGAAGAGUCUGUGAUCGGGUCCGGGUGUACAUGCUUGGUCCACGAAGCAACCGAAUCGCCACUUACGCAAUGCUUUGCAGACGUUGAUACCUUGGAUCCCGAAGUGUCAGACGAGGUUUAUCCUCCGACCUCCCGAAUACAUGCGUCGUACCGCCUCAAACAACUGGAAAAGGCGGAAGGUAUUAACGAGGGGAAUGCAGUGCACCGUGAUGGCGGGUACAAGCCUGUCACUGAGGAACCCGCUCUUGCCGUGAUGCCGGAUGGGCGCAUUGGGGUGGUAUCGGUUGUGUUGGGAUCUCGCAACAACGCAAAGGGGCUUGUGAGAGUGAGUGGCGCGGAUGCAGACGCUGGCUCGACGAUUGCCGAGCCCGAGGUAAUUGAACGGAAGAUGCAAAGAGUGGAGGCUAACGCUACAGCUCUGAUGCAGAGCAGGUUGAGGGAGCACACCCGGAAUUCAAAGGACAUGGUUAUGUUAAACUACCCUGUCGGCCACCCUUCCCACCAGAGCCCUAGUCUGAUUACGCAGAAGUCCCCCCAGAAAUACCAGGAGCGUAGUGUGGACCGCACGGCAAGGGUGCCCGCAUCCGUCGGAGGCACAUUUGCCACUCCCGCGGGCGUCACCGAGAAGACCUAUGUGGACUUAAUCAGCUUUGAGGACGAGUUGCAUGACGGCAACCGUAGAGUGUGCCUUGCCCACCAGCGUGACGCCGAUACAAAGCGGCCUCGGCGUUUGACUGAAUCGGAGGCUGCGGCUGAUGGCAACUUCGGACCCUGGCGACCAUACGAAGAAGCAGCACCAGUAGAAGCUGCUAUUGUGCCCAAUUGGAAGCCAAAGCCCAAGCUUCCGGUGCUCGAGAAGAACAUGUACAAGAUGAUAGCUCAGGCAGACCUGGCCUUUCCGAGCUGCGCUCCUGAUGUUGCUGUAGGUCGUAACAAAGUCGCGUUCCAGGAUGGCUACCCAGUAACGUCGUUUGAUGGUGUUGUCGUCUCGAGGUUCCACCGCACGGUCGACCCCAAUGCGCCACCCUCACGUUCGUGGGUGCUUCCCCCACGGCACGUAAGGAUGGCUGCCCCCGACGACUACAAGUCGUUCUUGCCUAAGAAAGAGGUGCACACGUACGUCGGUCACACUAUGGCCGUGCAUGCCAUAAGGUACAUCCCUCGCACCGGUCACUGCCUCCUGUCAGCCUCAAUGGACGGCUUCGUGAAGAUAUGGGACGCGCACAACAACCGGAGUUGUCUGCGCACCUAUAAGGGCCAUUGCAAAGGCGUGCGUGAUAUAUCGUUUGCGAACGCCUAUGGUACCAAGUUUUACAGCUGCGGGUUCGACUCCAGGGUGAUCCUGUGGGACACUGAGUACGGCAAGGUCCUUGGGGUCUACGAGCAAGAAGCUCUUCCGUACUGUGUGACCGUCUACCCCAAAGAUGAGGGCAUAUUCAUUAUCGGAGGUUCGAACCGGAAGGCGUGCCAGUUUGACGCCCGCACCGGGCAGAAAUCCUUGGAGUACAACGCGCACAUGUCGAAUGUGAACACCGUCACCUUCUUCAACGAUGACCGUAGCUUGAUGACGACCGGAGACGACCGUCAGAUAGUCAUCUGGGAGUACAAUCUGCCAGUAGCAGUCAAGCAUCUAUCGGACCCUUCCAUGCACAGCAUUCCCGCAGUGGCGGCGCACCCGAGCGACAAGUUCAUGCUCGCGCAGGCGAUGAGCAACCAGAUUCUGGUGUACGAGGCUUCCGGGUCCCGCUUCCGGUUGUUUGGUGCUAAGCGGUUCAAGGGCCACCUCUGCACUGGCUACGCCAUCCGCCCGACCUGCUCGCCUGACGGGCGCUUCGUGGCGAGUGGCGACGCUCGCGGCCGUGUCUACUUGUGGGACUGGCUGAGCUGCCGCAACCUGGUGACGCUGGAAGGGCACAAGUCAGUGACUGUGGACUGCCAGUGGCAUCCUCAGCAGCCGUCACGUCUGGCUACGUGUUCCUGGGACGGCACGAUCAAGCUGUGGGACUAA